GAAAAUUAUGAUAAUUCUAAAUCAAAUUGCAAACUCCAAUAUGGAUAAAUCUCAUCGAUAAGCUGAGUUACUUUUCUUUUAUCGUUGAUUAAAAUUUAAAUAAUUCUUUAAUUUUGCUCUUCAGUAGCGUUUGAAAAUGGCUUUGCCCCGUAUGAUUAACGGGAUGUUGCGCACCAAAGCUAUUUAUUCAGUAUCUAGUAGGAGUGUAGUAUCACACGAACCCUGGAAGCCCGGUCCAUAUCCAAAAACCGAAGAAGAACGACUUGCUGCUGCAAAAAAGUAUGGCCUGCUACCAGAAGAGUAUGCACCACAUCCAGAUGAUGGUUUAGGUUUUGGUGACUACCCAAAGUUACCAGAUAUUGGCCAGGAUUCCAAAAGUGAAUAUUAUCCAUGGGACUGCCCCGAACAUAAUAGAAACUUUGGUGAGAUAAUGCACGUUCAUGCUGACAUGUGGGGUUCAGACAAGGGCGACCCAAAUUAUAGACAAAAAGCUAGAUAUCCUGACUGGCAGAGAGUAUUGUCAUUUUUUGUUGCAGUUUUUGGAAUAAGUGGAUUGAUGAUUACAGGAGAUUAUUGGUGUAAACGAUAUAGUCCAUUUAUGCCUAAACAAUGGCCUCAAGACAAUGUUAAAUAUUAUACUUAUUCAGAUAAAUAUUUUUGAAUAUUGAUUAUAAUAAAGUUAUUUCUGUGUAGUAGCUGACACUUAAAAUUAAUUUUUAAGCUUGUUUGUUGAAUAAAAUAUGUAUGAAAUCAAAUUUUUAGUUUAAUAAUCAAUUUAAUUCAACUACUCAUUCAAUUGGUAGAAUUUAAUAACUGUAUAUUCAAAGGUAAAUGAGAAUUUAUAAAUAUUUUAUAUUUAUUAUGAACAGUAAACUGUGAUUGUAAUUUCUUAUAAUAAACUAAAGAACAUUUGGUAUUGUA